AUGAAGGUCAUCUCCACACUCGCAACUGCGGUCAUCGCUUUGGGCGUCGUCAGUGCCGAGUCCGAGCACGUUCAGCGCAAGCUUGUUCUUGGAGGAGCUGAGGUCCCAGUUGGCUCCAAGACGUACACGACUGGUCUCCGUACCACCGCUGGGGGCGAAAGCUUUUGCGGCGGAAGUCUCAUCACCCCCACGCAUGUGCUAACGACUGCAUCAUGCACGGGCGUCAAGGAGACUGCGUUCGCGGCCAUCGGCACGCACUACAUCAACGGUACGUCGGACGGUGAGCAGAUCAAGGUAGUGAAGGCUCAAAACCACACCGGCUUCAACGACUUAACUCUCACUUACGACGUCGCUGUGUUGACGCUGGAGAGGCCCAGCAAGUUCACGCCCGUGAAGCUUCCUGCAGCCAACGACUCCGACAUUAUUCCUGGUAUGUGGUCGAAGGUUUUGGGCUGGGGCGACACUUCGUACCCGAACGGCACUCGCUCUCACGAGUUGAUGGGCGUCAGUGUGGAGGUGUGGGGCAAUGACCAGUGCUCCAACCUCUUCGUCGUGGAUGAGACCAUGGUGUGUGCCGGCGGAGCUGCUGGCAAGGACUCGUGCAAUGCCGAUAACGGCGGCCCUCUGAUUAAGGAGAACGGGCGCGGAGACGCCGACGACAUUUUGAUCGGCAUGCCUAGCUGGGGCAGCGGGUGCGGUGACGAAGGAAUCCCUGCUGUCUACGCGCGCGUGUCGGCUGCGGUUGAGUGGAUCAACUCGGUCAUCAAAACGCAGUAA